AUGCCUCGUCCACCUGAUAUUGGCGAUAAGUACAGCAGUCGUCAUGGUCAGAAGGGCAUCAAUAGUCUUCUGAUUCCCAGUGAUGAAAUGCCUUGGGCUGUCGACUCUGGCAUGGUGCCUGAUCUCAUUUUCAACCCUCAUGGUCAGCGACUUGAUGCUACUGCCUUCCAGUGGACGGAAUCCAAUCCCCCCUUCCAUGAUUAUGCACAGAGUCUAUCAAAAGCAGGAUUUAACUAUUGGGGUACGGAAGCUAUGAUCUCCGGCAGCACUGGUCGUCAGCUGGAAGCACAUAUAUUCAUCGGAAUCGUCUACUACCAGCGCCUUCGACACAUGGUUGCCGACAAGUAUCAGGUUCGGUCUGUUGGCCGAGUCGAACCAAUUCUUCGGCAGCCCAUCAAGGGUCGGAAGCUUGGUGGUGGUAUCCGCUUAGGCGAAAUGGAACGCGAUUGUCUAAUCUCACAUGGUGCCGUGUUCACCCUGCAUGACCGCUUGGUUGAGUCAAAUUCAGAUACUGUUACCGUAAGUAAUUUUUUUCCUGAAAUUAUCGAGUUUCAUCAUUUCACAUGCUGUCUUCCUACAUAUCCAAAGCAUCAGUUAUUUUAG